CUCAAGCACACACAUAUUUCGCCAUGGGUCUGUGAAAUUGUGUGUGUAUAUUCCUGCAGUCAUGUGUUCAGACUGAGCUGAGUCACAAGCUGAGAGAAAAAGAAACGACACAAAAUAAAGAGAUAGAGGAAGAGCACGAGGGGGAGGGUUUCAAAUCAGUUUUGCAUUCACAUAAAGGAGGAAGACACACUCACAGGGAGUGAAAGAGAAAGAGAGAGCUUACGAGACCACGAGAGGAGCCUGAUGGGAAAAAAGGAGAAAGACAAAGCAAAUAUAAAGAGAUAAAUAAAUGACAGUUAAAACAGUGGGAGGGGCCUAACAAGAAAAAAAAGGAGCGAAGGUUGUGGCAACAGCAGGCAUGACUGAGAAGAAACUGAGGCAGACACAAUGAGAGAAAUGAAGAGAUGGAUUUGCUGUCACAUUCACACUCUGUUCUUCAGCAGUUAAACAUGUUUGCUGUAUUCAGAAACUAGCAAAGCUUGCAGGCAGCAGUGGAGUCAGCUGUGAAUGCUAUCGUGUCAGUUGCUGUGCUUACAGGUUUGCCGAAAGCAUCGACUUGAGACAAGCUGGGCCCUGACCAAAGCAGGUUCUGUCACCAUGGAGGAGAGGGAGCGGCAGUGUAAUGGAGAGGAAAGAGGUGAUGUUGAAUCCCCCACAGGACAGUCAGUCACGGCAGGAGAACCAGGCACAGCGUCCACAUGGAGGAAUGGUCAGUGUGUGGCGUCUGUGUCCACAUCCACAUGGAUCACUCCAACGUUUGACUUCUCACACUGCAGGACUCUUCUGGAAACCAAAGGCUUCCAGAUUCCAGCAGAAGACUUUGAGGGUCCACUUCGUUUAGCGCUGGACCACCCGUCUGUCAGAAGAUACCUGCUUUUCAACUCAAACAUUUUUAAUGUCAUCAUGGCAUCCGUCUUGUAUGUGGUGCUGUGGUGCGCUGUGUACUCUACCAUUCACAUGUACCUCGAUGGCAGCACAGCAGAGUUCUGGGUGCUCUGUCUGUGUGUCAGUCUGGUGUCCGUGAUCCUCACCUCCGCCAUCAACCUCAUCUUCCACUACAGCAACAGAGAGAUCAACAUGAACACAGACGUGCGGUUGGUGGGGGUUAAUGAGCACACGGUCAGACACAAGCUGCUGUUGGGAGUGGCUGACUGGGUCCAGAAAUGCAGAGGAAACCUGCAGCUCUUCUGUGUGUACUGGGACUUGUCCCCAUGUCUGAUAUCUCUGACUGAAGCGUUGAACGACACGAGUUUUGUCAGGGAUCAAGUACAGAACAAACUCAAGAAAAGAAUGUCCCACCUAGUUCUAGUGACCGAGGUCACGACCCUGGAUCCCGAGACUGGAGUACAGGACGAGGAGCUUCCAGAAGAAGAGCAGCCGCUGCUGGUGGAGGGACGAGAGCGAAGCGCAUCAACUAGUCAACGGGAAGACUCUAAACUCACCAAAAACUUCAGCUUGAUGCCUGACACCACUCUCUCAAAUCAGGUGAUUGCUCAGCAGCUCCUGAUGACCUACAGUGCACUUUAUGUCAGACUGCUGGUCUCAAACAAGCUUCCUGCUCCUCCCCAGCGGCCUACAGGUGCAGGGAAAAAUCAUUCCACUUCCUGUCUGUGUCUGUGUGAGUACGUGGAGCUGAAGGUCCUGCGGUAGACAGACUAUAAUGACUAUCAAAUCUCACAUUCAAAAGUAUUAGUCAUCCAUUUCUCUGGGAUGAUUGUUUUGCUGUCAGUUAUGAUAUAGUCACAGACUGUUCCUGCUGCUCUUGAAACUGUUAUGAUUUCAUCUGUGUACUGAAAUAUAUUUUUGUUUCCUGACUUGUGGUUCUCUAUUUAUACCAUAUGCUCUCCAUGUGUGAAAGAAUGAAGUGACAGUUGACAGUUCUUGUAUUAACCAGACAAACUGACAAGACCAUCAGUCGCACUGAUCCAAAACCUUGCUCAACAUAGCUGUAUUUUUUUUUUAAAUCAUGACUUUAUCUUUAUGAGAUUCUGAUUACACUGUCUCAACCAGGUACAAAGCAACAAGUGAUAAAAAGUAAUCACCUCAACAUUUAUAAACAUGGAUUUUUGCAAAUUUCCAGAUGAUACAGGAUAUAUUGAACCAAGCAAAAAUUUAGGAUGGUCAAAGGACUUGAGUUUAUCAGUACCUUCGGUACCUUUCGGUAUUGGCUUUGUACAACAAUUUGUAGUUAUAAAGUUAUUACAGUUUUUUUUAAUUGGUUUGGUACUAUUUUC